AUGGCGCGCGAGGGCCACCAGUGGCAGGGCAGUAUCCUCUAUAACAUGCUCAUGAGCGCGAAGCAAAUGCAAGAGGCCCCUCAGGCGGCCGAGGGGCGGCCCGGGGGUCCGUGCUGGGGCUGCUCUUGUGGUAUUGAGACCGGGGAAGGCAGAGAGGGGCUGUCGGGCGGCAGUGCCAUGACGCUCCUGUACCGCUGCUGCUUGUGCGGUGAAGAACACCCGCGGCGGGGCAGCAUCCUCUACAACAUGCUCACGAGCUCCAAGCAAAAGUAUGCGGCUCCGAAGACGCCGGAGGCGCGGCCGGGGGGUCAGUGCUGGGGCUGCUCGUGCGGCAGCGCUGAGCCGGUGGUGGGCAGAGAGGGGCUGCCCGACGGGCGUGCCGUGGCGCUCCUGUACCGCUGCUGCUUUUGCGGUGAAGACCACCCGCGGCAAGGCAGCAUCCUCUACAGCUUGCUUACGAGUGCAAAGCAAGCGCACGUGGCUCCAGAAGCGCCCAAGGGCCAGCAGGCGCCCGCGUGGUUUGAAGGCGCCUACGGCCCGGAGAGGCUGCGGGCCCGAGAGGGGCUCCCCGGCGGACGUGCCGUGGAGCUUCAGAACCGCUGCUGCCUUUGCGGUGAAGACCACACGCCUCAGAGCGGCAUCCUCUACAGCAUGCCGACGAGCGCAAAUCAAACGCGCGCGGCUCCGGAAUCGCAGCCGAGGGCCCCCUGGUGGGACGCCUCGAGUGGUGCGCGGCGCCCGGUGGCUCUCAAGAGUCCACAGGUGGUCUGCGAGGCAGCUGCGGGAGGCCUGUUGAAGACGCUGCGCUUCGUCAAAUACUUGCCUUGUUUCCAAGUGCUGCCCUUGGACCAGCAGCUGGUGUUGGUGCGCAGCUGCUGGGCGUCCCUGCUCCUGCUGGAGCUGGCCCAGGAUCGGCUGCAGUUCGAGACCGUGGAGACGGCCGAGCCCAGCGUGCUGCGGGCGAUCCUCACCACCAGGCGGCAGGAGAUGGCGAGCAACAGGCCACGGUCCCUGCCCCAGCUGCGGUCACAGUUGGCAUCCUCGCCGGACACCGGACGGUUGCCCUCUGCUGCUGAGGUCCAAGUCAUCAAGGGCUUCCUCGCUAAGUGCUGGAGUCUGAAUAUCAGUAGCAAAGAGUAUGCCUACCUCAAGGGGACCGUGCUUUUUAACCCGGAUAUACCAGGCCUGCAGUGUGUGAAGUACAUUCAGGGACUUCAGUGGGGAACUCAGCAGAUCCUCGGUGAGCAUGUCAGGAUGACACACAGAGAUUACCAAGCCAGAUUCGCUGAACUAAACAGUGCCCUCUUCCUGCUGAGAUUCAUCAAUGCCAAUGUCAUCGCUGAGCUGUUCUUCAGACCCAUCAUUGGCACAGUCAGUAUGGAUGAUAUGAUGCUGGAAAUGCUCUGUGCAAAGUCAUGA